AUGUACAUUAUGACUCUGACUUGGAUUCUGUCCCUCAUCAUCUUAAUAAGAAUGGAUUCCCAUCUCCACACACCCAUGUACUUCUUCCUCAGUAACCUGUCCUUCAUAGGUAUCUACUAUGUGACCUCCACAGUCCCCAAGAUGCUCUAUGACUUCUUCCAGGAGCACAAAAUUAUUACCUAUGUGGGUUGUGUUGUUCAGUGUUUUGCAUUUUCAACCAUGGGACUGAGUGAAUCUUGUCUCAUGACAGCCAUGGCUUAUGACCGAUAUGCUGCCAUUUGUAAUCCACUUCUCUAUUCACCAAUCAUGUCACCCACUCUCUGUGGUCAGAUGGUACUGGGGUCCUAUAUGGCUGGACUCUAUGCUUCUAUUUCCCAAUUGUGUGCCAUUUUUCAGCUCCACUUCUGUGGACCUAAUGUCACCCAUCACUUCUGUGACAUGCCCCAGCUGUUAGUUCUUUCCUGCACUGACAAUUUCUUUUUACAACUCUUAACAAUAAUCUUUGGAAUAGUAAAUGCCCUACUUAUCAUGAUAUCCUAUGUCUACAUUGUCAUCUCCAUCAUGAAGAUCACUUCAGCAAAAGGCAGGUCCAAGGCUUUCAACAACUGUGCUUCUCACUUGACAGCAGUCACUCUCUCUUACACCUCAAGUAUCUUUGUCUAUUUGAGUUCUAGCACUGGUGGUUCCUCCAGCAUUGAUAGAUUUGCAUGUCGUCUACACUGUGGUGAUUCCCAUGUUGAAUCCCCUGAUAUACAGUCUGAGGAACAAAGAAAUCGAAGAUGCUUUGAAAAGGUUGCAAAAGAAGAGUAG